CCUUCUGCAGAGGAGAGAAAACUUUUUUUGCCUCCCCCAAGAAACUCCCCCCUCCUCCCUGUCUCUAACUCCGACCCCCCCCCCCCCACGCCAUCUCGCCAAAAAAAAAAAAUUACCCCAAUCCACGCCUGCAAAUUCUUCUGGAAGGAUUUUUCCCCCUCUCUCCAGGUUGGGCGCUUUUGGUGCAAGAUUCCCGGGAUCCUCGGCUUGGCCUCUCCCUCCCCCACCCCCUCCUUUCCUUUUUCCUUUCCUUUCUUUCUUCCCUUCCUCCCCCCACCCCCACCCCAAACAAACAAGUCCCCAAUUCUGGUCCGUCCUCGCCGCGGGCAGCGAGCGGCGGAGGCAGCGCGCCGCGGUCGCCGGGAGCCGGGAGCCCCAGGCGCCAGCUCCUCGGCGCAGCAUGUUCCAGCCGGCGCCCAAGCGCUGUUUCACCAUCGAGUCGCUGGUGGCCAAGGACAGUCCCCUGCCCGCCUCGCGCUCGGAGGACCCCAUUCGUCCCGCGGCGCUCAGCUACGCUAACUCCAGCCCCAUAAACCCGUUCCUCAACGGCUUCCACUCGGCGGCUGCCGCCGCCGCGGCCGGCAGGGGCGUCUACUCCAACCCGGACUUGGUGUUCGCCGAGGCGGUCUCACACCCGCCCAACCCCGCGGUGCCCGUGCACCCGGUGCCGCCACCGCACGCCCUGGCCGCCCACCCCCUGCCCUCCUCGCACUCGCCACACCCCCUCUUCGCCUCGCAGCAGCGGGACCCGUCCACCUUCUACCCCUGGCUCAUCCAUCGUUACCGAUAUCUGGGCCAUCGCUUCCAAGGGAAUGACACAAGCCCCGAGAGCUUCCUUUUGCACAACGCGCUGGCCCGAAAGCCGAAGCGGAUCCGAACCGCCUUUUCCCCGUCCCAGCUUCUGAGGCUGGAACACGCCUUCGAGAAAAACCACUACGUGGUGGGCGCCGAGAGAAAGCAGCUGGCGCACAGCCUCAGCCUCACGGAAACUCAGGUAAAAGUAUGGUUUCAGAACCGAAGGACCAAGUUCAAAAGACAGAAGCUGGAGGAAGAAGGUUCAGAUUCCCAGCAAAAGAAAAAAGGGACGCAUCAUAUUAACCGGUGGAGAAUCGCCACCAAGCAGGCGAGUCCCGAGGAAAUAGAUGUAACCUCAGACGAUUAAAAACACAAACCGAACCCCACAGAAACGGACUACACGGAGCAAAAUAGACAGGGAGAGGAGGGGAAGAAGGGAAAAAAAACCCCCCUGCAAAACAAAAACAAACCGCAUACACGCAUUCACCGAGAAUGGGAGAGGGAAUCAGAGAGACAGCGGCGGAGCGACGCAGACUUUGGGCAGCAGCGAGUGCGCAGGGUCUGGAUCGAUUGGAGGGCGCGCCAAGAAGGCGGAGGACAGAGGCUCCUUGACCGACAUGCAACCCUUGUCUACAGAGGCGGUUGAGUGAGACAGAGACAGAGAGAGACAGGGAGACAGAGACAGAGAGACAGAGAGAGACAGAGAGAGAUCCAAAUGUGGCAAAGCGGAAGGCGCUCUGACAAGGGGAGCUGUCAGUCAAACGCCAAGCCGGCGAGACAAGAUGAUUGGCAGGUAUUCCGUUUAUCGCAGUCCGAUUUUUUUUUAAAACGAUGAUAAUAAUGAUGAUAAAAGAAAAAACCCAACCAGACACAGGACUUUAUAUUUUGCACUUCGCAGUGUUGUUCCCCAAUCUUU